CCGCUGUUUCCUCCGCUCGCGCUCGGUUUUUGUCACAGCAGCUGAAGGCCGAAAACAUCCGACACCAUGCCUCCGUCGCACCGCUUCUGCUCGCGUUUUAAACCCAGCCAACGCGCUUCUGGUGCAUGCAACAGGCUCUAGGGUUCAUUAAUCCAAAUAUUCGCUCUUCUAAAUCGCGUGUUUAAUACAGUUAACUCAUGAGAGUCGGUUACUGCGCCGCGUAAAGACGCACAAAGAGGGAGAUUAUGGAGUGAACGCGCGACUCGCGGCCGCUAGACUCACAAUAACAACAAUAACAACAAUACUGCUAUGGCACUGUCUGUGAUCCAGGCGUGUCGUAGUCUGGCGCUGUCCACCUGGCUCCUGUCCUUCUGCUUCGUGCAUCUGCUGUGUUUGGACUUCACGGUGGCCGAGAAGGAGGAAUGGUACACGGCGUUCGUCAACAUCACAUACGUGGAUCCGGACACGGCCGAGGUGCGGACUGAGAAGACGGAGUGCGGGCGUUACGGGGAGCACUCGCUCAAACGCGAGGCCAGGGGCGUGUUGGCGAUGCCCGCCGCGACGCAGGACCGACACGCGUGCGACCCCAACAGCAGGUUCACCCCGCGUGCGCACGGCGCGUGGAUCGCGCUCAUCAGCAGGGGAAACUGCACGUUCAAAGAUAAAAUCAGACACGCCGUGGGACACAACGCGUCAGCUGUGGUCAUAUUCAACGUGGGCUCCUCCAACCCCAACGAGACGAUCACCAUGCCGCAUCAAGGCAUGAGUGAUGUGGUGGCCAUCAUGAUCCCCGAGCCGAAGGGUCGCGAGCUGGUUCUUCUGAUGGAGAGGAACAUCACGGUUCACAUGCACAUCACUAUAGGAACUCGAAACCUCCAGAAAUACGUCAGCCGCACCUCCGUGGUCUUCGUCUCCAUCUCCUUCAUCAUCCUCAUGAUCAUCUCUCUGGCCUGGCUCGUCUUUUACUACAUCCAGCGGUUCAGAUACGCCAACGCCAGGGACCGCAACCAGCGGAGACUGGGCGACGCUGCCAAAAAAGCCAUCAGUCAAUUACAAGUGCGGACCAUCAGGAAAGGCGAUCAGGAAACGGAGAGUGAUUUUGAUAACUGUGCCGUGUGUAUCGAAGGUUAUAAGCCAAAUGAUGUAGUGAGAAUCUUACCCUGCAGGCAUCUAUUCCACAAAAGCUGUGUCGACCCCUGGCUGGUGGACCACCGCACGUGUCCCAUGUGCAAGAUGAACAUCCUCAAAGCCCUCGGCCUCACGUCGAGUGCCGAGUGUCUGAAUGAACUUCCCAUGGACUAUGAGCUCGCCGUGGGGGGCGUGGCUCUCAACGCCAUGGUGAUGAGUGAUGAUGUCAUGGGCGGGGAUGCCGCGGGGGGGCGUGACCCUGGCGUGAGGAUGGUGGGUCUCCCUCAGGUCCUCCUGGACUCCGAGCCCCUGUCACAGGACACCAUGCUAACCGAACAAAGCGAGUUGCAGCCGAUGGCCAGCGGGGGUUCAGAGGGCUCUCUCGCUCUGGGGGCGGGGCACUCGGACAUAGACACGCCCUCUGACGAGCCCAAGUGUUGAUUUAGCCACGCCCCCCGGAGCGGGUUGAACGGGCUUUAAUCUCAGAGGAUCUUCGGCCAGUGACUCGCCGUUGAACACACUGCCUGCCGAGCACAUACUCCGAUGUUACGCUCAUCUUCCUUUCCACUCUGAAAAGCAGGGUUCUUCGCCCCUAAGUGCACACUACAGUAUGUACUUGAGCUAAAGCACUCGGCAGACGACCGGUUCUGCUCCGCUCGACAAUCAGACAUCCCCUGUGUGUGUGUGUUCAGUCGUUCGCUGCCUGUUCUGCCGUUGUCUGUGAUUCCAGCGCAGUUGAAAGAACUAUUUUAAAAUCCUAUAAGAAGUGGUUUAUUUUUCUAUAUGUGCUCGAGAUCUGCAGUAUUAAAGAAAAAAAAGAGUAUCUCAGUAUUUAGACUUUUUUUGGGGGGGAUGGGGGGGAGGGCAUCACCAAAGACCUGGAUGGAUAUUGUGUGAGGGAAAACUGCGGGACUUUCUGGGACAUGUGAUGUUUGCUGUGCAUGCAACAUGCCCUGUCCACUUUAUUUGAUUUGAGUGGAUUCUGUUUAAAGGGACAGUAACCCUUCUUGCAUUGUUUACUCACCCUUAUGUCCUUCCGGAUCUCUUUAUUUGACACUUUUCUUUGCUGUCAAGCUCCAAAACGCACUAUAAAAGUAGUUCAGACGACGUGCACACGAUAUUCAGACAUGAGGGUGAAUAGAUGAUCAUUUUCCGUAACUCGUUCUUCCUCGUUCGUUCGGUUUGACUGUAUAUUGUAAAUAAGAGCUGUUUGUUUUCUCCUUAAUUGCCAAGUUUUUCCAUCAUGCACUUUAUGUAUUUAGAGGUUGGAGUUCAUUUUGAAAUUGGGAUUUCAGUCACAAUUUUGUAUCACUCUCUGUAUUACACACACACACACUCAGUAGAGGUUUGUUCCCAGUAUUUUGCACGUGUUUCGGUCAGACUGUGCUUUGAAUAUUAAUAAAUUUUAAUGUCAGAUUUUUGGGCUAAA